AUGUCAGUGGUUUCGGCUGGCGGCCGGCGUGGUCCGCCCAAAGAUGCUCGGUUUCGGUACGAUCCUCGGAUGAAGAACCCCCGAGGCCGCGGAUAUGCACAGUCCGACGUCGGCGAGCCUUUCAUUCCUCGCUUUUCCGCCGUCGCUAAUGAGGUUCGCGAUAUCGUAAAUUUUUUAUGACAUUGGUAGGCUAGCGGUGUGAUUCAAAUGAACGACCGAUGUUGAAAACGACAUUAACACGUUAGGAUCCAGGGGAUUAAUGGGUGCUACGUAAAAAGAAAUCGUAAGUAAAUUGCUUGAUAGGCUGGAACUAGGUUUUUUUUUUGAGUAAAAUCCAGAUGAUCUGGAACUAGAGCUGUUUGUUGCUUCAAUGAACUGGUCAUGCAGUUUCAGUUGAAAAGUGACCCUUUGAACUCAAGGAAAAGUUCCUAUGAGGAAUUUUCGAGUUUUUCACACUCUAAUAACAUGAAUGUGAAUUUUAAGUUUUUGUAAACCACCACGAACCUUUUUUCAGAGACUUACUAAAAACGUUAACUUGCAUCUGAGUUCAACUCAAAUUUUCAACCGUUUUUUUCCAAAUUAGCAAAAAUUGAAUUUUCGUGGAACAAUUUAAAGUUCAAAAAACUCGAAAAAGUUAAAAUGAGGAGGCUCUGAAGUCUCUGCAACAGAAAUUUUUAAAUGAUUAUAAACUGAGGAUAACUAUUCUGAUAGUUCUUUUUAUAAAUCAUUCGGACUCUCCGAAAACUGUUUGAAUCAGAGAUACUUGCUUCAAUGGACUAACCUAUCAUAUUCAUCAUCAAUGAUUUCAUGAAUUCAAAAAUUGAAAUCGUUACAAUUUUCAGUUUGAAAAACGUCUUAAGAAUCUCUCAUUUAGUAAACUUCUCAUUUCAAAAUUGCACCCAGGCAACAAAUCUUAUAACUUGCCCUAGGCUAUAAUAAAGGGUUUUUUGUUUAUUCCAUCUCAAAUGAAAUUUCAUUGACCUUAUUUCAAACCCCAACUAUUCGCAGUUUGAUGAGCUUCCAGAUUAUUUAGAUUCUUGUUAUUUAAGGUUUAUUUCCAGGGUGUCAAACUCAGUAUGCCGCACGAUGAAUGGGGUGACAACACUACAGUGAUAACCGGCGUCACCUCAGAGCAUUCAUACAACGGAGAUGAAAAGUCUGCUUUUUCUCCUCCAAUUGGUCGAGUUGUUGGACGAAGGUUUUUAGAAAUACUAACAUAGAGUUUUUAACUUCAAUUUCGCAGGUGUUCCCGGUUAUUUUGGCUAUUCUCCUCUUGUAUGAUAUGUUUGAUAGCGAUGUUCAGCGCCCCGGCUAUGUGUAGCAUACCUGUUAUAGCACCAUACGUCGGAUUUGACACUCCUCCUAUCGUCUGCGAUGUUAGUUUUUUUAUCUUUUAUUUUUUUAUUUUUUUAAUUUAACACAACCACAAAAAUAAAAAGUUGAAACUGAACAAGAAGAACAGUCUACAGAAGGUCAUUUGAAGCCACUAAAAAUCCAGAAAUCAGUUAGGGUUUUGAUGAUCACGUAGAAAGGCUUUUUUUUCCACAAUUUCAAGAACAGUAUUUGGUUUCAACAACUAAUAUAAGCUUUUCCGAACUUGAAACUUGAAACUCUCCAAGUCAACCAUUUUUAUGAGAAUUCAGUUUGAUAGCUUGAUGAGAAAUCAUGUUUUUGAUAAGUCGAAUAUUCAGGGCUGAAAGAUCUGGUUAUCUUCAAAAAAUAGAAUCGAAAAGUCUGCACCCAUAUAGGGUUAUUUUUUGAAAGUCGAUUUUUUUGAAAAAAAGUCCAUUAUUUUUUUAGUUGAAUGAGUUAGUUUGAACUAUUUACAGGAAUUUUCACUUUUGAGUUUCAAGAAAUAAUCGUGCAAAUCCUAAAAAUUCAUAAAAAUUUUUCCAUCCAGAUCGAUUGUCAAGGUCUGCUUCUUCUGCUGGUUCUGAAAAGCGUCCUUCUCAUCGUGGCUAUUUGGGCCCUUUUCUGGCGUAAAUCACUGGCUGAUAUGCCCAGAUUGUAAGAUUUCCUCACUUUUCUCUUUUAACUUUUUUUUAUUUCAGGUAUUUAUCAAGAGCUGCGCUCACCUUCUUAGUUCUAUUUAUUCUUUUUGCGUUUUGGCUUUUCUACAUUGUCCGGAUACUUUUUGAGAGAUAUGAUAAUUAUAAAUACAUAGUAUGUUUUUUUCGAAAACUUCAAACCUUGAAUGAAUGAUUUUCAGGUUUCUUUUUCACUCUCAUUACUUGACGCCCUUCUUUACACUCAUUAUUUAUCAGUGGUUCUUUUGGAGCUCAGAAAGAUGAGGAAACAAUUCAUCGUUACUAUUGUUCGGGAUCCUGAUGGUGAAUCCAAAACGAUGACAAUUGGUAUAAAAUCUUCACUUUUCAAUAUAAAAUGAAAUUCUUCAGGAGCUACAUCUAUCCAAGAAGCGGCGACAGAAAUAUUGCAAUUUUAUAUCUCUAACUUUCCUUCUUACAACUUCCACUUAGACAAGGUAAUUUAACUUUUCCAUGUUCCAAUGGAUUUUUUGAAUUCUAAAGGCUCGACACUCCGCCACAUCUCGUCCAGGAGUUUCUCAAGGCGGCGCUGGCUUCAAAAUGUACAAUAUCGAGCAAUGCAGUGGCCAGGAGAUGGUCAGCGAGGUGAUUAUUAUCAAUAAAUUGUAAAAAAACGUCUUUUUCGAUCCACAGGUUAACACAAGAGCUCUGAUGGAAGCUGCGGCAAGAAGGAGAAUCGCUGGGUAUUCUGAGAUAAUGCAAGAAGAGAUGGAUUUCGAGCGAAGAUUGAAGAAGAGAAAGUAAAAUUUUAUUUAGUUUCGAGAGGUAAAUGUUUUUAUUGAAGAUAUCGUCUGAUGGCGGCUGCUGAAGACGCUUUUUCCCAUGUUCAAAGUGCCGAGCAACAUGGAACGAAUGGAAAGGUGAAUCAGCUUCAGAAACAAGGGUCUCAGUUUUGCCCAGUGGUUUCUAUUCAAAAAUAAAAAAAUCAUUUUUUUACCGUCAGCAGAGUUGAGACUUUGGAGAAUGACUCAAACUAGUCAAAAAAAUUUCAUAGUAUCUGCAGUUUUCGGUAUUCAUAUUUUAUAACUUCAUUUUUUUCAGAGUGUCCAGAAUCAAAUGGACUCUUUAACCGCUGCUCAAAACGUCUUCACUUGGAUCGUCCGACCACUCACCAAAUACCUCAAAACGACCCGUUUGCUUCCGCGACAUCCUUCGGAAGUUGUGACCCGACAUAUAGAAAGGUACCCUUUGUUAUUCUGAAACAAAAAUCUAUUUAAAUGAUUUACAGAUGUCUAACUUUGAAAUUGUCGCAUCGGACAUUUUUGCAACGAUUUUUCAGUGAUAGGAUACCAACGCAGGUUUGUGAAUGUCUUUCUUUUCUGAGAGAAGUUUCCAUUUUCCAGGACGUUGUGACGGAGUCCAAGUGGUCGCUGAUUUGCGCUGAGCCUGUUUCGGACUCUAUACAACAUGGAAUGACUAUUGUUAUGCGGUCACAUAAUCAGGUUAGUUUAUGAAAAAUGUUUUGGUUAAGGAACUUUUUUUCGAAAAUCCAUUUGAGAAUUAAAGAGUCGUUUUCCCCCGUUCUUGUGAAUUCUUUGUUGAAGUUAAUUUUUAUUUUGAUCAUAUCGAAAGUUUUCUGAAUCUGAUAUCAUAAUUUUUCCGGGCAGGUAUAGGAAACUUCUUUAAAAUUUUCGAAGCUUUCUAAAUUUCAGUUAUAAAAUUCAACUUCGCGUUAAUUUUCUAUGAAUACCAAAGUCUUUCCUCUGAAAUUUUAGACCUAUUUUUUCAACCUGCUUUUUUUCAGGAUGCUGACGUCGGUAUCCAACUAGUUUGUACCAUCAGCAGUAUUCCAUUCUUCAACCUAACCGAACAAUCUCGAACUGCCGUCAACAAAUUCGCGUUGAGAAUAAGCAACGAAUCUUCUGUAUGA